GUCAGCAAGACGAAGCCGGCAGAGAUGGUGAUUGACGCCUACAGCCAUGGGCAGCGCAGCUUCGGGGAGAACUACGUUCAAGAGCUGCUGGAAAAGGCAUCAGACUCCAGAAUUCUGUCCUCGUGUCCAGAGAUUAAGUGGCAUUUUAUUGGCCAUCUGCAGAAAAACAACGUCAACAAGUUGAUCGCUGUCCCCAACCUGUUCAUGUUGGAAACGGUGGAUUCGGUGAAACUGGCAGACAGAGUCAACAGCUCGUGGCAGAAAAAAGGCUCCUCUCAGAAGCUGAAGGUCAUGGUGCAAGUUAACACCAGUGGAGAAGACAGCAAGCACGGCCUUCCUCCCGAAGACACCGCGGCUGCUGUGGAGCACGUCAUCAACAAGUGUCCAAGCCUGGAGUUCGUGGGGCUGAUGACGAUCGGCAGCAUUGGCCAUGACCUCAGUAAGGGCCCGAAUCCUGACUUCCAGAUGCUGCUGUCAUUGAGGCAGGAAGUGUGUGAAAAGCUGAAUCUCCCCGUGGAGAAGGUUGAGCUGAGCAUGGGCAUGUCCACAGACUUCCAGCACGCAAUAGAGGUUGGAUCCACAAACGUCAGGAUCGGAAGCACUAUUUUUGGAGAGCGAGAUUAUUCCAACAAAGCAGAUGGUGGCAAGGCUUCUGCCGAAAGCAAAGCCAAAGCGGAGACCUUGACAGCGCAGGGUCAUUAGGUGGAAAGGAGCGGCCUCGGCAGAGGACAGGAGUGGGAGACCUCACUAUGCAUUCGUACCUCCCUCCGC